AAUCGUAUAAUCGUAAAAUGGUCAUCGUAUAGUGACCGCGCGUCGCGAUCAUCAGUCGAGAGCUGUGACUAGUGAAUUAAUACAUUUUCGAAUCGCCGCCGAAAAAUCAUCGACGAGCUUUUUCAAAAGUGUCGUGUACCCAUCGUCCGCGUCAUCGAGAAGAGACUUCGUUGAUGAAUUCGUUCGUCGCCGGUUGUCGACUUUUUUUUCGUGAUUUUUGCCCCUUUACGAGAUUUUCCGGUGACAUUGAAAAUGACCAUCGAAUUAAACAAGCGAUACUUGAUUAACCUGUCAUAACCUUUCUUUUUUUUUUUUUCUUUAAUCGAGUAAACUUUAUUAAGGCGUCACCUUAGUAUAUCAAUAUUGUUUUCAGUGACGUUCGCAUUAAUAGCUAUUAUAUCGAACAUUUCAUUAAAAAAAAAAUUAUCUGAAAAAUCGAGUUUUCCAACAUUUGAUUUUAAAACCCGGUUUUCCAAUAUUGCCGCGCUCUUUCUCCCUGUAUAUUUUUUUUCUCUCUUUUUCAACUUAUUCUAUAACAAACAAGAUAACAUAAUGAGAUUGAGAAUUUUCGUUAGUUUUAAAUCAGUAACUGAGUUAAGUUGUUAAGUGCGUUCGGUCCGAUUGUACUUAUUGCGAUUUUUCUUCAUUUCGUAUUCGAGUGCUUCGUUUUUUGUUUUUCAUCUACGAUCGUCGAAUAUUGUAUCAUUUUUUCGGGUUUGCCAACCCCUGGCAAGGUAUUCGCAAAAAACUAUCGCAAUUGGAGUGCAAAUACUCGAAUAUAUCGCUAUUCCUGCUGUAUCGCUGAACAACCAUCAUGGAGGCUGUGGCAACGCAAUACGAACACGCUGCAGAUUCAAUUCCAGAAAGUCAAAACCUGUUCCUAAUAUCGAGUAAAGAAGUAGACACAUGGUUUCUCAUGAGCAAUCCUCUGCCGGUGCUCGGUGUAGUCGCAUUAUAUCUUUUAUUCGUAACGAAAUAUGGUCCAGAAUUCAUGAAGGAUCGCAAACCUUUAAAUAUCAAAUUUAUCAUUAUGGUGUACAAUCUAUAUCAAACUAUUUACAACGCUUUUAUUGUAUCCAAAAUGUUUACUACGCCUGGAGCUGUGAAUUAUAUAUGGAAACAUUGUUGCCAUCCUGUUGAUCCGGCUGUUAAUCCGUAUUAUAAACAUCUAAACGAAACAGCCUGGUUUUUCUUUUUCUCCAAAAUUAUGGAUCUCUUAGAUACAGUAUUUUUCAUUUUGAGAAAGAAACAAAGCCAUGUUACCUUUUUACACGUGUACCAUCACGCUAAUAUGGUACUUUUCACGUGGGUCUACCUGAAAUACAUCAAAGGCGAACAAGGAGCCGUUGUCGGAUGGAUCAAUUCGCUCGUGCACACCGUCAUGUACAGCUACUAUUUCCUGUCGACAUUAGGACCUGAAAUCCAGAAAUACUUAUGGUGGAAACGUUACAUUACGAAAAUGCAAAUGAUCCAAUUUGUGAUAAUUAUCGUCUACAUGACCGGUCUGCUAUUGGCCAAAUGUCAAUUACCCAAGACCUUAACGAUGAUGUUGUUCUUCCAAGGAGUCACAUUCUUAGUCCUAUUCGCCAAUUUCUACAUCCAGUCUUAUAUAGUUAAAAAUAAAACGGAAAAAGCUGCGGCAGCAACGGCGGCGGCUGCGGCGACGGCAGCUGAAAAUAAUAAAUUAAAAUAACGAGACCUCGUUUUAGAAGAAAUCUGUUCGCAAAUUCGACGACAAAAGUGAAGCAUUUAUUAAUACGUUUGAUACUACCUUAAGCGAGCGAGAAAAACUGCCGUGAAAAUGUCGUACAUAAUACUAAGUACAUCAGUAUUGCUCAAAAUUUGGGUGAUAAUCAACUCUCUUAUUUUUUUUUCUAUCGAAUUUUUAAUCGUGACGACGUUUCGCGUCUAUUUUAAUGUGAUUUUUUUUUGUACAUUUUAAUAUACGUAUUAGAAUAUAUUAAACUGUAUAAAAACGUAAUGUUUACAUCUAGUUACCAAAUUUUUCAGAAAUUGUGAAUUUGUAAGCAAUGUAGAUAUGUGUGUAAAUAUGUACAUUGUAGUACCUGUUUCUUUGCUACUUACGUAAACGUAAUCCAAGUCUAAAAUUGCCAAUAAUUUUUCAAUUUUGUUUCUUUUUUUUAUUUAGGUCAAUGUACGUACGAUCAUUGUUGUGGUUGAUUUUAAUGUAUUUGUUAAGUUUAGUAAUGUAAUAAAUUAUGUAACGAAUAGAAUUACGAGUAUGUAUUAAAAAAUUUACCUACGUUAGAAAUAUUAUUUAUAUAUAUUUUUUUCUCAUUUGUACCUUUUCGUCGAUUGAGAAAGAUAAAGUGUAUGAAAGAUGUUAAUUUAUUUUUCUCUUCUUCCGCCAUGCUCAAUAAAUGUUGUUUUUUUGUA